AUUAAAAGGAAAAAUAAUCUGAAGAGUAAUAAUAAUAAUAAUUUACAGAAAGCGAUGGAGGCGUACCUGGACCGAAUGCCUUGCUUGCAAACGUGCUAAUCACCACCCACCACUAACCAGUAACCACUCGUCAAUCACCGAUCACCUUCUUCCUGCUCCUCCUCCGCCAUGGCCGACGAGCUCGGCAAUGGCGAUCGGGCCCCCUCGGCGUCGGAGCCUCUGCUGUCGGGUCGUCGGGCCUGGCUCCGGGUGCGGUGGCCGUCGGCGGCGAGGAGCUUCGCGCUGAAGACGUCGGUGUGGUCGGAGCUGGGGGGGGCGGUGGGGGACCUGGGCACCUUCAUCCCCAUCGUGCUGGCGCUCUCCCUCUCCUGCGGGCUCGACCUGGGCACGGCGCUCGUCUUCACGGCGCUCUACAACGCCCUCACCGGCCUCCUCUUCGGCCUGCCCAUGCCCGUCCAGCCCAUGAAGUCCAUCGCCGCCGUCGCCAUCGCCUCCUCCCCGCCGCUCCCCCUCCCCGCCAUCGCCGCCGCCGGCCUCUCCGUCGCCGCCGCCCUCUUCCUCCUCGGCGCCUCCGGCCUCAUGUCCUCCCUCUACCGCCUCCUCCCCCUCCCCGUCGUCCGCGGCGUCCAGCUCUCCCAGGGCCUCUCCUUCACCUUCUCCGCCCUCUCCUACAUCCGCUUCCUCCAACCCUUCUCCUCCCCCUCCAAUUCCCUCUCCUCCUCCUCCUCCUCCUCCUCCUCGGACCCGCGCCCAUGGCUAGGGCUCGACGGCAUCGUCCUCGCCCUCUCCGCCCUCCUCUUCCUCCUCCUCACCACCGGCGCCGGCGCCGACGACGACGACGAUAGCCGCAGCGGCGAUAGCCGCACUCGCGGUCGCGGUCGCGGUCGCGGUCGCCGCGCGUGCGCCCUGAUCCCCUCCGCGCUCAUCGUCUUCCUCCUCGGCCUCGCGCUCUGCUUCGUCCGCGACCCCUCCGUCCUCGCCCAGAUCAAGCUCGGCCCCUCCCCGCUCCGCGUCGUCCGCAUCACCUGGGACGACUUCAAGCUAGGGUUCUUCCGCGCCGCGAUCCCGCAGCUCCCGCUCUCGAUCCUCAACUCCGUGAUCGCCGUGUGCAAGCUCUCCGCCGACCUCUUCCCGGAUCGCCCGGAGGGGCCCGUCUCCGUCGCCGCCGUCUCCGUCAGCGUCGGCGCCAUGAACCUCGUCGGCUGCUGGUUCGGCGCCGUCCCCGUCUGCCACGGCGCCGGCGGGCUCGCCGGGCAGUACCGCUUCGGCGGCCGCAGCGGCGCCGCCGUGCUCUUCCUCGCCGCCGGGAAGCUCCUCCUCGGCCUCCUCUUCGGCGCCUCCUUCGUGCGCAUCCUCCGCGAGUUCCCCGUCGGCAUCCUCGGCGUGCUGCUCCUCUUCUCCGGGAUCGAGCUCGCCAUGGCCGCGCGGGACGUGUCCGGCAAGGAGGAGGCCUUCGUCAUGCUCGCCUGCGCCGCCGUGUCCAUGGCCAGCUCCGGGGGCGCCGCCAUGGGCUUCAUCUGCGGGCUCGCCGUGUUUGUGGUGCUGCGGGUGAGGGAGGUGGAUUGGCUCGCCCUCGUGGCGAAUUUCAGGAUCCCCGGAUUUGGCGGCCGCAACGGGAGAAGGGCACCGGCGCCAACGGCGGCGACUCCAAAAGCUGAGGAGGCCGGCGCAGAUGCGUGAUAUUACGCGUAUCUAUGAACGCAUUCGAAAAUCUUAUUGAUAAGCCAGUAUUUUAUAUAAUAUUUCGAAUAUGUUUGCAGUCAUCUCUUUCUAUCAUGUUCUGUAUAAAAUUUGCUAGACCAUCAACAACUUUUUAAAAUAGUUUACUAUUUUUUUUUUUUUUUUUU